AUGGGUUUGCUUUCGCCUCUGUUGACGGGCUCUCGCGCCCUAUCUUUUCUCAAUGAGGAGCCCCCAACCUCAGACAGCCAAGACCCAGCCCCGUCAAAGCUCAAGGUAAAACUCCGCUCGUGGAUGUGGCUGGCAGCCACUCAGUGUCAAGAUGGCGCAAUCCAAAGCAUACUCCAACGUCUCGACGACACGUCUGAGGAGCCUGUCCCCGUGAUCCUCGACAGAGAAGUGGUGCCGACUACGGGUAAAACCUUCUCGGAUGAUCCUGAGGCAGGCCCCAAGUCCAAUCGCUUGGUGGAUCUUGGAAAGGAGAUCGACGCGACACUUGGAACGGAGGGAGAAGGUAUAGACGACGAUAUCGAGGUCUUACGGAAAGCAGCGGCAAACACUUAUCGAAGCCUAUCGCCUCAAGAGAGAGUCGGACCUCUGUCAGAGAUCGAAGGCCGAUGCUCUGUUCUCUUCAUUGCCAUAUGUCGAGGCCACGACAUGGACGCCGAGUAUCUCCUGAGAAAUCACAAGAUCGAUCUGACAUUCCAAUCCUCCAAGAACAAAAGAACAGUUCUCUUCCAAGCAGUUGCUCAGAGAAAAGCCAAUCUCGUGUCACGAAUCCUCCAACAUCCUUUCAUGGCGCCCUCACACUACGUCAACCUCGGAGACUCGAGGAAGUUCACAGUGUUGCAUCAGAUUUCUGGGAUGACGAGUGAGCCUGUCGAGGACGGCAUUAUGCUAAAGAUUCUCGAUGCGAUACUUCAAUACGGGCCAAAUGUUGACGCCCUGAACGAAGAUCUGCAGACGCCAUUGCACCAACUCAUUGUGCAGGAUAUUGGCAAAGAGUCAAAGCGCUGCCUGGAACGGCUCCUCGAUGCAGAUGCCGAGUUCAACACCCAGGAUAAUGACGGAAACUCUCCCUUGCAUGACGCCUGCAGGAAGAGGAAUCACACCGUUAUCAAGAUGCUGCUUGAACGAGGAGCGGAACUGGACUGCCUCAACGACAACGGUGAAACGCCCCGAGAGCUGUUCAAGCGAGGCGGCCUUGGCGAAGAGGACAAAAAGUUCUUUGCCGAGAACCUUUCCUUUCUUCAAAAGGCACCAUUGAGACGCAAGACGGCCGGAAACGUGCCUCAGAAGCCUGCCGAGUACUCUGAAGAUAUCAGGAGGAUCUGCGACAACUUCCCCGUCUACUUCAGAUAUCAAUGGGCGGGACUCAAGCCAAAACCGGAUGGAAGUACUUCCAUGUCAUGGACUCCGACAGGUAUCAAGGUGUCUCACGUUCUGUAUCGCAAGAAGAGUGACAGUAAGCGAUUGGAAGACGAUUCUGCUCAAGAGGAGUCAGAAAAGGAGAGCACCAACGACGGAUCUUCUAUCGAGGAGCCAGCCGAUGGAGGCACAUCCUUUCUUGCGGACUGCGAGGCCAAUUUCGCAUCAGAGGUCUGGGAGCGGUUGGUGAAGGAAGAUGCGGAUAUCAGCAUUGAGAAGACACCAGAAUCACCACAAGAAGACCGAGACAAGCCCAAAGGCGAGAGUCAACAAGAUAGGGGACCGGUGGGUAGGGAAGACAGUAUCCGGGUUGAAUUGACAGAGGAUCAGUUCAAGCAGAAUGUCAGAGAGAGUUCUUGGAGAUGGAUCAACUUCAACUCAAACAACGAUUUUCUCAUCACCAACAUCAGGACCUCUGACGGUGCCGAGGUCGAUGCUCAAGCCUGGCAGUUCUUCGAGAGCAACAUCAGAGUUCGAGAAACUAACGACCUUUGCUCUCGGGUCAGGAAGCCACAUGCGCGGGUCGCCGAGAAGCCAAGUCCCAAAGUGAAUCGGCUUGCAGGAGAGGAAAAGACGCCGGCAAAGUCGGAGAAGGCUACCAAGCCGCCACUUGGACCUGAAAAGAGGAUAUCGUGGGCAAAUGCAGAAUGCUUCAUCAAGCCGAGUAGCAUGGUAUCGCUAGUAAUACCAUUUCUUGAUAUCGAGACACUCCACGAUCCAGAAACAGAGACGGAUAAGGGUGAGAUCCUCCGCAAGAGAUAUGAGCAGCUUGAACGGACAUACUCGCCCUUCACCGGUAUGCUCGGAGCGCAACGACCACAGACACUGGACCAGACAGCCAACCACGUUGAGCAACGAGACAACACGCUGCGUACCAAAGAUCAGCAAGUCGUAUACCGAUGGUUGAAAGGCCGUAUCGACAAGACAACCCAGAAAUCUCGAAAGGAAGUCCAAGUGGAUGAGAUACCGAAAUGGGCUUUCAUCAAGUGGUUAUGGUCCCGGAUGCAAAGAAAGGGGAAGACGAAAGUCCGCACGACCCUGGAAAAGGCAAAGAAGCCGGCGAACCCGGCACUCCCACCAGCCGCCGAUAAUAGACAUUACGAGAGGCGCAACAAAAGAAGGGCAAACAAAGACAAGGCUAAGAAGAUCCAGCAGGAUCUCUCUCUGAGCUGGUUGAUGGUUCGUCAGCUAUGGCUUUGGAAGCUGGAUGACAGCACAAUCAUUACUGCGAUACCAGGUCGCCAGAAUGAGACCAUGGCGGAUGACCUAUUUGAGACGAUCCGUCAAGGCAACCUGGACACGCUUCGGACACCAAGCGACUUGAUCAAGCGAAUCGUCUUUGAAGCAGUGACACUUGUCAACGAGUUCAAGUGGGCUGGACUUGGCGAGCAUGUUCUCGACAUUUUUGAGGGCCAGAUCGGCUACGAGACAGACGAGGAGGCAAAGUUCUUCAAGAGCUUUACAACAAGCGACUGGAGUCCCAGCGAAGUCAACAGCAUCAUCCGUCAGGCUGCCGACUCCACAUGGCGAGUCAAGGAUAUCAGAGAUGAGCUCCGACUCCUUCGCCAACUCUUUGAGACUCAGCUGAAAGUGACCAAAGAUGUUGCAGAGAUUCUCUGGCCAUCCAGACUCCCAGGUCAGCCAACUCUCACGAAAGAUACACGAAAAGUCUUGAGGGAGAGUUUUGUGCAUGACACCGGCCUUGAAACGCUGAUUCAGAGGACGCAGAGGAUGGACAGGGAUGCAUCUACGACACUUGAAGGACUGAGCAACAUCAUCCAGGCGAUGCAAGCCCAAGCAUCCCUCAAAGAAGCCGAGGCUGCGCGAUUCAUGAACUUUAUCAUCCUCCCAUUCACUAUCGUUACAGUCAUUUUUACUCCCCUCUCAUUCUUGACCAGUCUUUUUGCUAUAAACACAAAUGGUUUCCCUCACAACGAGGAGGGAGAGAUAAGAUUGACUUCAGGAUGGCUUAGCUGGAGAAUGGUUGUUGGUGAGAUUAGUACACUCAUACCACUCGGCUUGCUAGUAUUGGUGAUCUACUACCACCAGACAGAGAAGAAGAAGUCCAAGUAG